AUGGUGUCCACCGUUUCUGACAUGCUGACAUCGGUGAUCGACAAGGGCAUCACUACAGAUGAGGUUGUGAACUUUGUGGGCACGAUGGUGAACAUGUCUGUCGACCUUGGCUACAUCGCAGCAGAUGCUUCUUUAGGAUCGACAGACCUUGUGGAUGUCGCCUUGGGCCUGUUGUAUGCUCUUGACGCAAUCAUCCCUGGUGUUGUCCCAUCCUACACAGACGCAGCUGCAAGACGUUUGAAGGGUGGACGUGGAAUGGGCGGCAUGGUGCCCGGAGAAUGGACGUUCCGCAGACUUCAACAAACCGACAACAGAGACGCAGAGACCAUGUAUCAACAGUUCCUCGUGGCGAACGCUAUGAUUCAACAGGUGACGGAUGUGAUACAUUUGCAGCUGUAUCCGGGUGAGGUGCCAGUGAGCUUUGCGUUACCGGGCCAAGACAUCUUCAUGGGCAAGGAUUUCAGCGACGCAGCAGAUGAGUUUGACCUUCCGAGCCGCUGGCCAAGAGUCGUUUGGGCAGACGAUAGGAAGUUUCCCUUUGACUUCUUGGUCAUGCCUGGCAACCGCAGCUUGCAGUGGGACGGUCCCCUUCCAGCCAACGAGAGCAGACCGGAAGUGCAAAGCCUUGUGCCGGAGACGCAGAAGAACUACAACGCUCAUCGGGCUGGAGAAGGCGAUCUUCUCCAAAGGUCCAUUGAGAACGCAUCCUUCUCCAUGCUGCCGAAGAUUGCGGCGUACCUUCCACAACUGCUUGGCUUUGAGCAGAAGAGUAGCCUGAACCCAUCCACAUGCUACUGGGUGGAUCUGGGAAACGGCAACUUCAGUGACGCUAUGUUCGAUGCCCGUGGAUCCAUCUUCAGCCAGGAUGCUUGCGUCACUAUGCACACGGAGAACUUCGUCGUUAUUGCCGAUGACCUUGCUUCCCAGCUUGAUGUGGUCCAGCAAGAGUCGCCAGGAGAAUUGCUCAGUCAGUAUCAAAGUGAUUUCACCACCACGGCGAACGUUGUCACAGCGACGCUUGUCCUGGUGGCCUGUGCCGGGUUUGUCAUGGUCUCCGUGUAUGUGGACGAAAACGAUGCAGCCAACAAAGUCACUCCGCUGGACAGCCUCAGAACGCAGGUGAUUGACCGAGAGGACCCGAAAGAGAAGGUUCUGGGGACCAUCUUCCAAGCGAUGAGGAGAAAUCAUUUGGUGGUCGGUUGGAAUUACUUCCACCUCAAGCUUACACGCGUUCGCAGGGCUGGCAUCUUCGUGGUAGCGAUUUUUGCGACAGAGGCACUUGCAGUUCUGCAGCACUCCCUCUUAGCCUUCAAGGCUGACUCAGCUUGGGGUGCCAGCGGCCUCGUUGCUGCAGUGCUGGUGUUUCCAUUGGUCCAGUUCCUGGAGUUCUGUUUUGAGUGGCUUCCACAGUCUAGGGUGCUUUCAAGACCUCCGCCACGAUCUGCACCUGCAAAGCCAAUACCGCUCAAGGAGCAGGCGCAACCGAAGGUCUGCAAAUAUCCAAAGAGGCCCGCCGUUGGCAAAGUUCGGCCACCCCAGCCAAAAGCACUUCCGCGGGCUGAGCAAAGCUUGCAGCUUCCAGUCAUGCCGAUGUUACAGCUUAGCAAAGCAACAGGGGAUCCUGAGCCUCCAGUCUGUCCGUCUGCGUGCACAAGCUGA